UCAAUCUUUAAUAAAUGUCAAAGUCAAACUAAAUUUUGUAUUUAUGUGUAACAUGCUAAAAUAAUUUAUACUAAAGAUACAUAUUAUUUAAUAUGCGUAUAACAAAAUUUAACAUUGUUUCAAAAAAAUUGUCUUCAUAAUUAUUUUUUGCAUGAUGGACAACUUGAGAAGAGCUGUGCUGCAAAACUUCAAAAAGCUGCACCGAACCCGACUGAAAGUAUUCGCGGGAGAUUAUCGGGCGUUAAAUGCCGCGAGGCUCAAAAUCAAUGAGGAGUACAAAAAGAAUAAAGCCGUGCAGGAUAGUGAUGCUAUACAAGCGAUGAUUAAAUAUAGUGAAGAAGUUGAACAAGAGCUAAGAACUCAAGUAAUACAAGCUCGAGAAGUGAAACCUGGAGUUUUUGAGGCAAGAAUCACUGAAGACACUGUUAAAUUAGACAAUGUUCCUUUUGAUGAAAAUGCAGAUAUACCAAAGAAAUCUAGAAGAAAUCAACCUUGUUGCCAAGAUCAAGAAUCCAAGAAGCAAUGAAUUUAAUUCAUUUUUGUGUAGAUUAGGAUUAUUUAUUAAUUAAAAAUAAAUCAUAAAAUAUUA